CACUAACUUCAGCUGGGAUAACCAAUAUGUUGUACUCAAUGGGCAAGGCAGCCGCGCUCACCGCCGCCGACCACAAGGGCAUCCCGCUGCUGGCGGCCCUUGACGAGGCGCUCGUCGCCGUCCUCCGCUCGGGCGCCAUCAAGCUGCUUCGCGCCGAGUUCCUGCGCGCCGACGGCUCCGAGGCGAUGCUGCCCAAGCUCCUCCACCGGCAAGAGCUGGAGCGGAUGGAGCUGGAGCGAGGCAUUUGUGUCUUCCUCACGCCGGAGGAGGCUGUUGCGGCGCUGCGCUCGCUACGCCGAGAAGUCGCCGGGCUGACUUACGGCUGGGCCUCGCCGGACCACCCCGACGCCGCAUGUAUCUUCUCCGCUCCUUCGCCUCCACACACACACUCGCUCUCCCCUCCUCGCUCUCACCGCCUAUCUUCUCCGCUCCUUCGCCUCUCUCUCCACACACACACUCGCUCUCCCCUCCUCGCUCUCACCGCCCACGCCCGCCUCGCCCGAACAACCUCCCCUCCGCAGCUUCUCCUCACUCCCGCAAAAGCCGCGAACGGAGGCCGAGGACGAGCUCUUCUCCCAAUCGCUCAAGGUCAUGGGCGACGUCUACGCCUCUGCCUUCGGCACGACCGUCAUUCGCCACCGCUCAGUGCCAUCCCAGCCGGCGGAGCUGGACGGCGAAGUGGUCAUCCUCGUCGAGAAGGGCGGCGGGCUCGACGGCGCCAGCGCCGAGGCCGAGCUGCGCAGUGCUCUCGGGGCGUUUGAGAACCCGCGCUAUGAGGAGGGCCGGUGGCGUGUUCGCUUCGCAACGUACGCGGCGGCGG